AUGUCGGGUACAAAGACGGCCAGCGUUGCUGGCGCAAAGCGGAAACGGGACCCAAGCAAACCAGAGCGCCGCGAAACCAAAUCAAAAAGCCGGCGAAAGUCUCCCAGCGAGGACGGCGACGAUGUUCAGUCCCAGAUUGUACAGCUUGAAGCGCAGAUCCUCGAGUCGCGAAGACACUAUAACAACAUUGCUACCCUCCUACAAAUAGCAAGGCAACCAGAAGUCGAAAAUGAAGGCCCAAUACUGGCUGCAGUCGCGCUUUGCCGAGUCUUCUCACGCCUACUUGCGACGGGGGACAUGGUGAAGAGCAAGGGACUGGGAGAAGCAGAAGCAGUCAUUGUGUCUUGGCUCAAGGAACGAUACCGAGAGUACCUGGACGUGUUGUUCAGCGACUUCCUCCGCAGCGAGCAUCCGCCCAAGCAAUCCGUGGCCCUGACUCUAGUGAUGCGGCUGGUCAAGGAGGAAUCGACGACGCAGAAGGACCACAAUGUCAAGAAUGGACCUCUCCCAAGGCUCAUCCAAACGCUGCUUAACCUACCGGCAGAUGACUUGAACCGAGACGAGUUUUCCGACAAGUACUUCAAGCAGUUUGACGAUAUCCGGUACUUCACUUUCCAAACCAUCAAGAACGUGCUCGACUCUGAUCUCGAGAUUACUGUCAGGCAGUUGGUAGCCGCCAACAGCAUGUCCUUACUAGCCACGCUCGACGAAGUGCCGAAAUCCAAAGCCGAUAUUCAACACUUUUAUCUACAGUCACAAACUAAAAGCCCUAUACCAUCCCUCCAAGCAUACAAAGAGAAGGCCCAAGAAGCCUGGCUCGCGACCAUGCGAGCGGGCCUGAACAAAGAGCAACGAAAGUCCAUUCUCACCACUUUCUCCUACCAAAUCGCCCCAUGGUUCCAGCAACCUGAGAUGCUUAUGGACUUCCUGACAGACUCGUACGACGUCGGUGGUGCCACAUCGCUGCUGGCGUUGUCGGGGCUCUACUACCUGAUUUCGGAAAGGAAUCUCGACUACGCAUCAUUCUACCUUAAGCUCUACUCUCUCCUAGAUGAAGGUCUCCUACAUUCGAAGCACCGAUCACGUUUUUUCCGCCUCCUCGAUACGUUCAUGUCCUCGACACAUUUGCCCGCCGCCCUUGUUGCCAGCUUCAUCAAGCGCCUCUCACGGCUUGCACUCCACGGACCACCCGCAGGCAUCGUUGUAGUCAUUCCGUGGAUAUAUAACAUGUUCAAGCGACAUCCCGCCUGCACGUUCAUGAUGCACCGCGAGGUUCGCGACCCAGCGCUGAAAGAGGAGUUGGAGGAAGAGGGCAUGGACGAUCCAUUCGACAUGGAUGAGCUAGAUCCCAUGCUGAGUGAGGCUAUUGAGAGCAGUGUGUGGGAGCUUGAGGCGCUGCAAAGCCACUACCAUCCCAAUGUUGCCACACUAGCGAAGAUCAUCAGUGGGCAGUUUACCAAACGGUCGUACAACUUGGAGGACUUUUUAGAUCACUCCUACACUGCUCUCCUCGACGUUGAACUGAACAGGGAUCUCAAGAAGGAGCCAGAGGUCGAGUUUGAAAUACCGAAGCGGGUCUUCACCGCUGACGAAGGGUUGAAUCCACUGGGCCAGUUGCUUACGCAGGUCAUCGAGGCACAAUAG